AUGUCUCAAGUCCAACAAUACUGGCUCCCAGGAUACGGACUGUCCCGUCAUAUAGUCUUAGGCCACAUACAAUACUUUCUAGGGCCAUCAGCCAGCGUCAGGCCAUAUUCAUACCAGGGACGCGACGGCUACCUAAUAGUCGGUGUACCACUUACAAGAGAACAAAUCGACGACCUAGCAACCAUGUCCCGAGAAUACGAACGUCAAGAAUCCCUCCGAAUGGCAGGUGACUCAGCCAGCCCCGCCGCCGCCGCCGCCGCCACUUUCGGCAGACACGAACCCUAUAUCAAUGAGAUUGUGCCUGUCAGGAGUUCGGGGAGGAGAAGCAGG